CCUAAGAGGAACUACACCGGACGUGCUUACCACCAUACUGUCACUGCGGGACCCUCGGGUCAAGAACUGGGAGACCAUGGAUAACCCGAUGUACAUGUUUGUGCUCUUGACCUUUUACCUCUACGUCGCCAAGUCUCUCGGCCCACGCUACAUGAAAGACAAGGAUCCCUAUGAGCUCAAGGGAGUCAUCAUGGUCUACAACCUCUUCCAGGUCCUGGCCAACGUGUACUUUCUUUCGCAGAUCUUCUACCACUCGUUCUACGCGGCGGGUUACAGCCUCUUCUGCCAGGGUCUUACGUACAGCACGGACCCGCACGCCAUCAGUCUUCUGAACGCGCUCUACUGGUAUCUCUGGGUGCGCGUAGCUGACUUUCUGGAUACAAUUUUCUUUAUUAUGAAGAAGAAGUUCACGCACAUCACCGUCCUGCACGUCGUCCACCACACCAUUGUCGUGUUCAGCGGGUGGAUGUUCCUGCAGUUCGGAGGUGACGGGCAAGUCGUGUUCGGAGUCUGCCUCAACUCCUUCGUCCACAUCAUAAUGUACACCUACUACUUCUUGGCCUGCCUAGGACCAUCGGUACAGAAGUACCUCUGGUGGAAGAGGUACUUGACCAGAGUUCAGAUCGGACAGUUCAUCGUCAUCAUUGCUCACGCGUUGAUACCCAUUUUUGUGGACUGCGGUUACCCCCGUGUCCUCAUCUGCGUUGCCAUUCCUCAAGUGGUUCUCAUCCUGGGGCUCUUCGUCAACUUCUAUGUGCAGUCGUACAUCAAGAGGCGAAAUGCAGGCGCGGAUAAGACGACCAAGAUGUCCUCCGCCCAAGAUGGGGCGUCUAUGAACGGUGCUGUUAAGGGAAUGGACAAGAAGAAGUCGUAGAUCCUUUCUGGAGGGAGGGAAGGAGGUUAAUUGUUGGACGUUUUGUGGUGAAGAGGCAGGAAGUGAUUUAGGCAAAAGGUGUGAAGGCGCCAGCCAACGACAACGAGUUUAGUCAAAGUCGUUGACCGCUUACAGCGCGGCUAAAAGAGGAGAACGAGCCUUAGGCGUCGUCAAGGUCUGCAGUGUGUACCUAGCACUCUCCUGAAGCCCCCAUGGUGUUCUCGUUGCCUUAUGUAUACUGUACAAUGACGAAGC